CUUGAAAAGUCACAGACCACAAACAUAUACAUUUAUAAUUUAUAUAUAUACAUAGUGAUUACUGACUAUUCUGUGUUCACAUUAUUAACACUUUUUCCUUUUGUUUGUAUCUACCUUGGUAUAAAUAUUAUUAUGAUUAAUUGUCACAUUAUUGCUUUUAAGUAGAUUGAUUAUUAAGUGAUAUUAAUUUUAUAUUAAUUCAUAGUGUUAGUGAUUUCUUAAAAUAGCUGUUACAGUGCGGCGUCGCCAUCGAAAAAUACAUGGGCAAGCAUCGUCGUUUUACACUAGUGGAAAAUUACCAAGCUUUGCUGUGUUGAAGUAAAAAUUUUGCUUACUGGGUAUUUGUCAUAGAGGUGAAAUAUAACCAUCAUAUUUCAUUACAAACGUAUUUGAUAAAAAAAAGUAAUCGCCACCAUGGAAGAAGAUAAUGCUGGAGACGAUAAAGACGAUUCAAAAAGGAGAACACGUAACUUAAGUGAGAAAAAACGAAGAGAUCAAUUCAAUAUGUUAGUUAAUGAAUUGAGCACUAUGGUUUCGACCAAUAAUAAAAAAAUGGAUAAAUCUACUGUUUUGAAGGCCACAAUAGCUUUUCUGCGGAAUCAUAAUGAAAUAACAGUCAGAUCUCGAGCACAUGAUGUGCAAGAGGAUUGGAAGCCUACAUUUUUAUCAAAUGAAGAAUUUAUAUAUCUAAUAUUAGAAGCACUUGAAGGUUUUGUGAUGGUAUUCUCUGCAAAUGGUAGAAUUUACUAUGUCUCAGAAAGUAUUUCAUCACUAUUGGGCCAUAAUCCCGCUAUGCUGGUGAAUCAAAGUAUUUUUGAUCUGGCUUUUGAACAUGACCGUCCUAACUUGUAUAGUCUUCUGCAAAAUCCAGGCAUAUCAACUGUGGAUUCAAUGCAGUCCAUUACCAAAGAAAAUGAAAUAAGGUUCCAGUGUCAUCUGCGAAGAGGCUCUCUAGAUUUUCGGGAUGAAACUACAUAUGAGCUUGUCCAAUUCAUUGGACAUUUUCGAACUACUAUGGAACAAGUGGAAAACAAUGAUAAUAUGUCGGGUUACCGCCAAGACCACGAAUCACGAUUACUAUUUAUGUGUACGGGUCGCCUGUAUACACCUCAAUUGAUUCGAGACGUGUCUUUAGUUGAUUCAAAUCAUAGCGAAUUCACGUCGCGGCAUAGUCUGGAAUGGAAAUUUCUUUUCCUUGACCAUCGUGCGCCUCCUAUCAUCGGAUAUUUACCAUUCGAAGUAUUGGGCACUUCCGGUUACGACUAUUAUCAUUUCGAUGAUCUAGAGAAGGUCGUUACUUGUCACGAAGCUUUGAUGCAGAAAGGUGAACUGACGUCUUGUUAUUAUCGGUUCCUGACGAAGGGACAACAAUGGAUCUGGCUACAGACACGUUUCUACAUUACUUAUCACCAAUGGAAUUCUAAACCUGAGUUUGUGGUAUGCACGCAUCGUGUAAUUAGUUAUUCUGAUAUAAUUAAGAACACAAAGCAAGAGGGAGUGGAAACAGACACAAUGAGCGAAAUGGAUACGAAUCGUGGAGUAAUAAAGGACACCCCAUCAGAAGAUACGAUGGUGACCAUGUCACCGUCUUACAUGUCUGAGGCGAGUGACGCCUUUAAUAACUACCAGGUAUCACAGCCGGCUUCGGUGAAGUCAGCGUCGGCGGGCAGCACAACGGGCACGGUGGCGACCACCGGCACAGCGGCUACUGCGGGCACUUCGUGGGCGCGGAACUCCCACACGCGGUACAACGCUGGCUCGGAUACCGCAUCGCUCUCCGGAGAAUCCAGGUCGUCACAACGGAAUGGUUCCCGAGAGCUGAUGCGGACAGCGGCCCCGUAUGGCUACUUUUACCAACAUCCUAGUCCAGAUAGAUUGGUGAUGUUCCCGCAGAUUAAUAAGCCCCCGGAGUCUACGUUGGUUCCACAGCACGGGAUUGGUGCUCAGUACUUGGAUCCAGCGCCAUAUGUGAGCAGCGUCAGCGUACCAGGCGUACUGCCACUACCUCUCUCAACAAUGCCUGUUUUAGUUUCACCAGAUCAAACUCAGAUACAGGAGCAGUUGCAACGAAAGCAUGAGGAACUACAGCAGAUGAUCGUGCAACAACAAGAAGAGCUGCGCCAAGUCAAGGAACAACUGCUUCUAGCGAGGUUGGGAAUGCUGCAACCUAUUAUAAAUGUUCAAAAUCCAUACAUAACUGCGGAGGAGAUGCAAAAUGGACCGGCACAAAUAGUAUAUGAGACGAAUCCGCCUCACUCCACGGCACAAUAUUCCCAGCAACACCCGCAUCAACCUCAACACCCGCCCCAUUCCAAUCACCAUCAUCAUAUGCCUCAAUGAACUAUACAACACUUAAUUUAGACUAUAAUAUGCUUUUUAUCUUAUUUGAUAAACGUCUUGUUAAUGUCUUUUUAUCGAUAACAGUAAUCUUAUUAAUAAAACAAAUCAAAUAAUACAGUUGAAUCAAACUACGAAAAUGCAACGUUAAGUUCAUUUAAAAAACAAUUUUAAAAUUCUAUUUAAAUAAAAAGACACGCCAAGAUUGUUUACCAAAUAAAACAGAUUUUAUCUAACGUUAUUAUAGUCUUAAUAACUUAUACCAGUUAUCGUAUGUAUGUGCAUAUCUAAGGAUAUAUUGCCUCGCAAACUAUUUCACUGUGUUUUAUGCCGCCUUUACCAUGUCUAUUGAAGAAUAUGACAUGUAUAUUGCUCAAUAAAAUGUGAAUUCUGUCGCCUUUAUUAUAAAACUAUAUGAGUAUGAAAAUAAUUAAAAAGACGUAUAAUCGAAUUAUGGUCAUUCUUUACAGAUCCAGGGAAAAUAAGACAAAAAAAAAACUUUAUAAAACAGUAAAUUUAGAUACUUAUCGCGACAAUAAAAUAAUAUUUAUUUUUGUAAUUUUUAUCUGUUUCUUUUAAACUUUGUGAAUGAAGGUAACGUUUCAAUCAAUGAAAGUUAAAGAAAAGUACUAUUUUCUGUUCAAAUAUUAGAAUACACUAUAUUAUGCGUAUCUGUGAUAAUUCUGAUAACAAAGUAAACUGUUUUGUUUUGUUACGCAUCAUUGUUUUGUUUUUCAUUGUUUUACUUUUCCUGUUAUAAAUAUAUUUUUAAUUUUUACGAUUAGUAUAUAAAACAAGUAACUAUAUUAAUGUUUUACAUUAAAUUUAUAUCAUACUUAUAUUUAAAUAUAUACCAAAAUUAUAACUAUAUUUUUACCAGAUUACAAUAUGAAAUUGCAGUUAUAUAUUCUAACUCUAUAUUAGUUUCCCUGGAAACGUUAAAGAAUUUGUGAGGAAUUUAGUAAAUUUAGUUCAGCUAGGGUAAACACGCACUGAAAAAUUCUUUACGUAGUUUUUAUGUGUAGAAUUUUUUACAUGGAAAUUGCAUGGAAUCGGCCGCAUGCACUCGGGAAAAUAUCGCACGGAAAUAACUUGUAUGUUGUUAUAUUUUACUUUAAUUCUACGCAAAAACACUCUGGCUGAAAAUUGUAAGUGUAUUAUAGAUAAUGUAUUUGGAUUUUUUUUUUGUUUAGUUACUAAUUAAAGAAAUAUAAAAUAUAAAAAUUCUAUUCUGAUCGUCGCACUAUCGUGUUAUGGGCUACCUCAAAAGAUUAAAACGAGAUUCAUAUACGAAUUUUGAUAUUUUAAAAUUGAUUUGUGAAAUAACUAUCUUUUACUAUGCAUUGUGUUGUAUAUACUCAAAUGCAAUAAUAUUUAAACACGUCAGUACUUUGUCACAGUAACUUUAAACAUCAUUUUCAGGCAGCUAUAUUUUUAAAAGGCCAUAUGUAAUACUAUAAAUAAGAAAUGAUUGUUCCUAGUAGCUAUAUGGUCAUCUGGGAGUAAUUAUAUGAAGUUGGUGUUUUGCAAAUGAUAAUUUCCUAACAUCAUAUAUUUGUGGGUUUGUAAGGAUGUUUAGAUGUUGUAUUGAACAAGUAUAUAAAAAUGUGAUUAUUAUUAAGAAAAUGAGAAAAUUAUAAUAAAUUUAAGAAAUAAUGACUUUUUAAUGAUUUUUAAUAAUAAAUUACGUGGCAAGACAAGUGUUUAUAUAUUAUUAUUUGUAACUAUACAUUGCAUUAUUCAAACAAUUAAAUUCGAGAUUGUAUCUUCAUUUCAAUACAAAUAUGGAAAGUAUAAAGAUAGUUAACUGGUAAUGCAUUACGGCGUAUCCAGACAUGUAUAAUAUAUUGUUAAAUUGUUGGCAAUUUGUUUUUAUUUACUGUAGUUGUUUUUCUAUUGAUAUAAAAGCCGGCAUUAGUUGGAAUAAAUAUUAUGAGUGUCAAACUACAUUUUCACAGAAAAUUCACGUAACGUUAUACAGGUCUAUACGCGUUCAAAAUUAUUACAUUAAGCUUAUUAUUUAUGAUAUUUUUUCCUGGUAGCUAUCCACCUUCAUUGUGCCAUUAUUUAAUGUUCACAUAUCUCGCCAAUAAUCAAAUAUUGACUAUUUGCUGAUCUCGUGAUACAAAUUAAUAAUUUUAUUUUUUUUAUAUUUUCUAAAAUAAGUUAACUUUAAAAUGGGGGAACAUACUUAAGUGUAUAACUAAUUUUGAACUUACGAGGGUGGAUCGAAAAAUUUGCGGAUCAAUCAUUUUUUUUUUUUUUUACUUUCAUUAGUUGUGUCGUAUAAGAUAUAUAAAAUUUUAUAACAAUCGGAUCAUUACUCACUCGGAUACAGCUUAUAAAACAUGUCAUUCCGGGAAAACAUCAAUCAGAAUCGCGCAAUCAUCAACUUCUAUACCAUAUAAGGACCCUCAGAUAAUCUUGGAAGAAGUGUUUCUGCUUAUAGAGAUUGUUGUCCUGUUAAACCAUGAUUUACGAGUGGCACAACCUUUUCAAGCAAGGCAGGCCAGGCUGGAACGGCCUGUCAAGGUGACCACGACAGACAAUGUCGAGAAACUUGAAAAAAUAAUUUUGGAAGAUGCUCAUUUAAAGAAAGAGUAAAGCUUGCAGAAAUGAUUGAAAUGAUGUAUCAAGAAUGCUUACGCCACAUUAAAAACAGCAGUAAGUUAAACGCUGAGAUGCUAUGAUUAUGAUUCUGUUUUGAAAAAUGAAAAACAUUUUCCAUGAAAGAAAUGUUCUAGUGAUAAAUAGGCGAGGAGCACAAUUUUGUUUAAAAAUCCUGGAAUUUCAUUUAUAUUAGUAAGUUUAGUAGUAAGUUAAUUGAAAAAAUAUAUGAAUAAUUGUACAAAAAUAUAAAAUUGUUUAUUUUUAACAGUGAUGUCAUUACUUAUAAUCUGUUUUCCUAUACUUGGCAUAUGUAGUAAACAAUCUUGAUAUGUCUAUUUAUCGAGAUACAAGUCCAUAAAAUAGUUACUUAGCUUUUAUGUAAUAGCUAGGUUAUAUUUUAAUUAGUUAUGUAAUAUUUAAAUAUGUCAUCAAAUCCUGACAUAUUUGUUCCUUUAUAUAUUAUGAGUCACUUUAGUUUAUCUGUUGGAUAUUUCAUCUUGAAACUGUCUGCCGUCUUUAUAAUUAAUGAAACAUUGUUAAGAUCUGAAACGAAUGCUUUAAUUUCUUCCUCAAAAUGUAAAUUAGUUAUUCAUAUAUGCUUUUGUAAUAUCUUUUACAAAAUUGCUGAAUUGCUCAGUAGAAGUCUAAAACCAAUGUAAAUAGACUAAUAAUCCCUAUACAUUUUUAAAAAGUAUUAUCAAAAUGGGUUCCGAAUUGGCGAAAAUAUUACAUAAAAAAUAAACACGAAAAAUAUAGGCGAAUUGAGAAUAUCGUUCUUUAGGAAAGCGGUCCUGUGUCAAGUAUAAGAAAAUAGACUGUAUGUCAUUAUCACUUCGUAAAUGAUAGCACAUCAUGUAAAUUGCUACAUAAAUGCUAUAAUGCUAGGUCUAAGAUAUAAUUUGUCAAACCUUGAAUUUAAUUCACUUUUAUCUCCAAAGUACUAAGUAAGUACACUCCUCGCAAAAAUUAAGGGAACAUAAAAAUUUUUGAAAUUUUUGGGUGAUUUUCAACAGGCUGUAUUUCAGUGAAAAAUAAUCGUACAGGAAAUUUAAAAAAAGGGUUU